AUGGCCGUCACAGCUUCACUUUGUGGUGAUGCGAGUGAGCAUGAGGCAAGUUUUUGUCUCAGUGUCCUGCAUAAUAAAUAACUCAUUGACACUUGUCGUACAGAGUCAUAUUAUCGAUAUCGAUGAAAUCCAGGCACAUGGUAAGCUAUACAAAGCUCUUGACUUUUCUCUAAUUUUGAUCUCUAAUGGAAACAGGUAUCUCUGCUGCCGAUAUUGCAAAAUUGAGAACCAACGGUAUUCAUACUGUCGGGGUAAGAACAUCUGGUUGGCCAUCAAAGAGCGGCUCACGAAACGGUAGCUGACCUCCUUUCAGACCCUCAUUGGUACAACCAGCCGAAAAUUGGUCAGAAUCAAGGGAUUCUCUGACAUAAAAGUUGAGAAAGUUAAGGAAGCUGCAAAGAAAGUAGCCGUAAGUACCUAGUCCCGCACAUUCUUGUCCUCCCAUAUGCUAAGAGAGAAACAGGGUCCCAAUACUGGUGGACAAUUCGUCACUGCCGCUGAGCAUGGCCACUUUCGGAAGAAGUGUAUCAGAAUUUCUACUGGUAGCAAGCAGUUGGAUGCUUGUUUAAACGGGUGAGUUAAUCCUCGUGACAUUUGAAUUAGACAGCUGAGUUUUGGCAGUGGCUUCCAAACCAUGAGCAUUAGUGAGGUAUUUGGAGAAUUCAGUGAGUUCACCGAAAACUUUGAGAGAUGUAUCUCGCUAACGGUUGCCAGGAUGUGGCAAAACUCAGUUGGCACAUACACUGGCAGUUAUUGCCCAGCUUCCUAAGAAUAUGGGUGGAGCCGAAGGAAAGGUGGCAUAUAUUGGUAUAAAACUGACAACUUCGAUACUCUUGGUGAAUACCGGCUGAAAUUACAUUCUAACAGAUACGGAGGGCACAUUUCGACCAGAAAGAAUUGCGGAGAUUGCAGAACGAUUCGGUGUUGACCCUGAUCAAGCGCUCGAGAACAUCGUCUAUGCUCGUGCGCAGAAUACGGAGGUAUGUAUGCUCAUGUUUGCUUGAAUUCGACUGAUACACUCCACUUACCAUAAUUAGAUGCAACUAGAAUUGCUCGAAGGCCUUGCCCAAAAUUUCGCAACUGAUGAAUAUCGCCUUCUGAUCAUUGAUAGUAUCAUGUCUCUAUAUCGUAGCGACUUCAUCGGACGUGGUGAGUUGUCUGAGCGACAAAGUGCCCUCAAUGCCUUUCUUCGUAGAGCAACACAAAUGGCGGAGGAAUUCAAUCUUGUUGUCUUCAUGGUAGGCUUCCUUUUCCAAAUUAGAGAUUCAGACUGACACUUUCCAGACCAAUCAAGUCAUGUCGGAUCCAGGAGCAAGUGCCCUUUUUGCCGGAGCUGAUGGACGUAAGCCUGCUGGAGGACAUAUACUUGCACAUGCGUCGACAACCAGAAUCCUUCUUCGAAAAGGUCGUGGAGAGGAACGUGUUGCUAAAAUUGUAGAUUCCCCUGGUAAGUUUAUCUUUGACUUAUCUUAGCCACUUGUUCUAAACAGUGCAAAUCAGAUUGCCCGGAAUGUGAAGCAACAUAUAUUAUUACCACCGGCGGUAUCAACGACCCUGAAAAGGCCUAA